GGGGGAUUCAUCAACGGGCACACCCGCCCUGCCUCUAUUGUCACCGGUCCGAGACAAACAUUAAUUUAAAACAUGGAGAAGGAGAAAAACGACAAAGCGAUGGAGGAGCUGGUGUGUGAGCUCCGUCUCUUCCUGGACCUGCUGGACAGAGAGUACCUGAGCGCCGGGGUCCGAGAGAGGAAGCUGCACCUGUCCAACAUCCUGCACAGAGUCCUCUCAGAAAAAGAGCCGUCAUUCAAGUCCGAGAUCCACAGUGGUCUGCCGGCCCCGCCUCAGAUGCCCCUCCCUGAGAUCCCUCAUCCAUGGCUGCCUCCGAACAGCGGCCCUCCUCCUCUGCCCAGCUCGUCUCUACCAGAAGGAUACUACGAGGAGGCUGUUCCUCUGAGUCCUGGGAAGGCUCCUGAAUACAUCACCUCCAACUACGACUCGGACGCCAUGAGCAGCUCGUACGAGUCGUACGAUGAGGAGGAGGAGGACGGGAAGGGACAGAAGAUGCGUCAGUGGCCGUCUGAAGAGGCGUCCAUGGACCUGGUGAAGGACGCUCGGAUCUGCGCGUUCCUGCUGCGCAAGAAACGCUUCGGCCAGUGGACCAAGCUGCUCUGUGUCAUCAAAGAUAACAAACUGCUGUGCUACAAGUCCUCCAAAGACCAAACCCCUCAGAUGGAGCUGAGCCUGUCAGGCUGCAGCAUCACGCACAUCCCCAAAGACGGCAAGAAGAAGAAGCACGAGCUGAAGAUCGUCCACCAGGGGGCAGACGCUCUGGUUCUGGCGGUGCAUAGCAAAGAGCAGGCCGAGGAGUGGCUGAAGGUGAUGAGAGAGGUGUGCGUUAAUGGCUGCGUUGACUUUGACGGAGCUGGAUCGGGAUCACCGGUGCACAAACCAGAACUGGAAAAGAAGGCAUCGUGCGACAGACCGAGCUCGGACGGCGAGGUGGCUCAUGAGAACGGACACAGCGACAGCAAGGACCAAGGAAAAGGAAAGAAGAACUCAAAGUCGGAGCAGAAGAGUGGGACGGUGGGGAAGGGGGCGGGGAAGAAGAUCACCAAAAUCAUCGGGCUGGGUAAGAAGAAGCCGUCCACGGAUGAGCAGACGUCGUCAGCCGAAGAAGACGCCCCCACGUGUGGCUACCUGAACGUGUUGUCCAACAACCGCUGGCGGGAGCGCUGGUGCCGCCUGAAAGACAACCAGCUCCUCCUCCACAAGGACCGGGACGACCUGAAGAGCCACAUCGCCUCGCUGCCCCUCCGAGGCUGCGAGGUGAGCCCGGGCCUCGACAACAAACACCCCUUUGCCUUCCGUCUGCUUCGUAACGGCCAGGAGGUCGCCGUGCUGGAGGCGUCCUCCUCUGAGAUGAUGGGUCGCUGGCUGGGGGUCUUAUUGGCUGAGACCGGCUCCACCACCGACCCGGCCACCCUGCACUACGACUACAUCGACGUCGAGACCACCGCCAACGUCAUCCAGCUCGCAAAGCAGUCCUUCUGUUUCACCAGUAAGCGAGCGGUUUCUCCUAACCCGUACCUGGACAACCCGGUCAACGGCUACGCCUGCCCCUCCGGUAUGGCUCUGCACUACGAUGAUGUGCCCAUCAACGGGACGGACCCUGAUGUGCAGUACUCCAGUCCCAGCACAGGGGGGCGCCAGCUGAAAAAGGAGCUGCUCUAUGAGAACACUGACCUCUAUGAGAACAUGCCCUCGCCCAAGCUGGCGUCUCGUCUCCCUGCAAAGCUUUCCUCUCCCUCUGCUGCUGUCUAUAAAACCCCCGUCUCUAAAAAAAACUCCGUCUCUAAAAGCCCCGUCUCUAAAGUCUCUUCUAAGUUCCUCGCUGCUGACGCUAAAGCUAAAGAGACGCCGCAGCUGAAGGGAAAGAAAGGAGCGGCCACCAAUGGGAUCACUUCCAAACAGAAGGCCGAUCAAAAGAACCAGACCAAAAAGAACGGGGUCAACGUCAUGAACGGGACGGCCUCGCUCAAACGCAACAGCUCGAAUGCAGAGCAGGUUAAGUACGGGAAGAACCGCGUGGAGGCCGACGCCAAGCGGCUGCAGUCCAAGGAGGACGAGCUGAUGAAGAGGAAGCAGGAGAUCAGGAACCAUCUGACCCAGCUGAAGAAAGACAGGAGGGACCUGCGCACUGCUGUGGAAGCUGCUGCUGGCAAGCGUUCCCUCGCCUCGCUGUCGGAGCGCCUGAAGAAGGUGGAGGAGGACUGCAGGCUGAAGGAGGAGGAGCGCGUGAACCUGGAGCUGGAGCUGACGGAGGUGAAGGAGAGCCUGAAGAAAGCCCUGAGCGGCGGCGUCACCCUGGGCCUCACCAUCGAACCAAAAACAGGCUCGUCUGGACUCCAGUCGCCAGCCAUGACGCGACGGACUCAGGGGUCCUCUCCGUUCUCCAGCUGUGACACCAGCGACACAGAGUCCUGCUCCCUGCCGGUCAACAGCGCCUCCCUGCUCCGCCGGCAGGGGGCCCAGAAGCCCUCGACAGUCCGGGGACACGUCCUCAGGAAGGCCAAGGAGUGGGAGCAGAAGAGCGGCACAUAAUCAUCACCCGGCACAUCUGACCUGUCUCACUUCCUUUGUUUCUUUUUUUUAAUUUUUUUUAUAAAUUGUGUAUAUAUUUAUUUAAGACUGUUCUUACAGUGUGAGAGUGUUGAGAGGGGAGGACACGAGCUCAGCACAUCCACAUGAACCUGAAAACAAGUCGCUGCUUUUAGCUUCCUGUCGGCUCCUCAACAUACAGACGUCUUUACUGUCGAGCCUGCUCAGUGUGCUAAGCUGUGCCACUUGUUGUUGUCCGCCGUGCUCUUUUCUUCAAGCAGCCAUCUUUUUUUUUUCUUUUCUUUCCAUUCAAAUCCAUUUUGUCAGUUUGGGUUCAAAAAGGUGGAAACCAAGUAUUUAUUUGUAAAUGUUUAAAGGAGAUACUAGCUUCCCUUUGUUUAUUUAUGUCUCUAUAUAUUUAAAGCUUUCGUCACUCGAUUAGCGGCGCUCCACAGACCCUUAGACGGAUCUCGUACACGGUGCAUGAUUGAGCAUCAGUGUGGCUCUGCUGAAAAACAAAAUGAUCCUGAAGAGCCGACAAAUUCCGACAUUAAACCACGAUGAACAGGAAGUAGACGCCUGAGGCCGUGAGAGCCAAGUCACAGAGGUCAGCUGUGGUUCUGCGUUACGACCGGGAGCUGUUACAAUAACACAAAAUCUAUAUUUUAAAGAUGAGGUUAAAGUCGCGUGAAAUCGAUAAAUGAAUGAAUAUUUUCGAAUCGUGUCCCCUUCUCAGUUUUAAAGCAGGACUCUGGUGUGUUUUAAACCGCUCAGGAGGAAACAUGGCCGCCCCCCUUUCGAUUCAGAGCUCGUACUCUCAAACCUAAUGAUAAUAGUAGCCUCAGUCCAGCUCCUCCAAUCACGUCACUGGUUAACUGUAACCCUGUGAACUGUGUGUGUGUGUGUGUGUGUGCGUGUGUGUGUGUGCGUGUGUGUGCGUGUGUGUGCGCAAGUGUGUGUGUGUGUGUGUGCGCAAGUGUGUGUGUGUGUGUGUGUGUGUGCACCCAAUGUCUUAAAGUCCAUUCCAAACCCAUCAUCAAUACACCGACUGACAGAGAAGUACGAGCUGUGAGCUCAAAUUACUGAGUGUUCUGCUGAAUGAAAGACUGACUUUGUUAGCAGACUUCUUCACACACACACACACACACACACACACACACACACACAUUCCAUCAAUGUCACGUUGUUAUGGUGCUUUUUUACAGUUUUGUGUUUCCCUGUAUCUGCUUUGCUAACAUGUUGAUAUUGUAUAGUAUUCAGACUGUGUCAAAGGAGAGGACGUAUCAACCUAUUGGUUUUUGACAGUCGCCAUCUUUUUUUUCGGGGUGGGGGGGGUUGUCUGAGGGUCGGUGUCCACCUGACGUUUUUAUCUGCAGCGUCUUACUUUAGUUGUUCCCUUUUAAGGAAAGAGCGUUCGCAGCAGCCACUCCGAGCUCUUCUAGUUGAAAAUCGUUCAA